AUGGCCCUCCUCACUGAAUCCGUCUCGAAGCCAAACGUACACAAGCGCAUCGAUGCGUUGGCUGUGAGGCUCAGGCGACGACAGCUCAUCGGUUCGCGCGAGGUUGCGCUCGAAGUCGUCCGCCUCUUCCGCGACGUCGUGGCUGGAGCGCGCUUCAGUCCGUUCGAUCAGCUAUUGGCCCAUCUGGAGGAGAUUGGACGGGUCUUACAGGAUGCUGGGCCAAAGGAACUCGUCGUGACCAACAUGACCCGCCGAAUCUGCAUGCUCAUUCGCGAAGAGUACCAGACGGCUCUCUCGAACCACCUGGCCGAGACUGGCGGACCAAGCGGCGCGCAGACGCCGAUACAGGUGCCGCAGACGCCGUCCCUGAAUCAGGAGUUGAGCGGGACGUUCAUGACGGAGCAGGACUUGCCGAUCAAGUCGAGCGGGGCGCUCGGCAGCAUCUUCGACUUGUUGGGUCACAAGUCUGCCAUCGACGGUGUCGGACGAGCUUCGUACGGCUUCGCAUCUGCCGACAACUCGCCCACCGCUUCGACAUCCAGCACGCCCAUCCAGUCGCCUUCUUCCUCCCAAAUUCUCCAACGACCAUCACCCGCAACUUUCAACAGCAACUUUGCCUCCUACAUGAGCGACGGCGACCAGUCACGAGAAGAGGUCUUCUCGCGGAGAAGCUACCACCUGAAGCCCGUAUUCAUCGAGGCGAUUCAGGAGCUCAUGGACGAGGUUGAGACGACGUAUCGCAGUGUGGGCGAGCAGGCUCUCGACCACAUUCACCCUGGCGAAUUCAUCUUGACUAUCGGCCACUCAAAGACGGUCGAGGCGUUCCUGAAGAAUGCGGCGCGGAAGCGCAAGUUCACCGUCAUCUGUGCCGAAACGGCUCCUUCCUUCUCCGGCCGCGACGCAGCAGUCGCCCUCUCAGCCGCCGGCAUCCCCACGAUCCUCAUUCCCGACUCGAACAUCUUUGCCCUCCUCCCUCGGUGCUCGAAAGUCCUUCUCGGGCCCCACGUGAUCCUGGCGGACGGCGCACUCCUCUCCAUCACGGGCUCGCUCCCGCUGUGUCUCGCAGCGAACAGGAUGCGCGUACCGGUUGUGGCGGUAGGAGGGAUGUUCAAGUUUAGUCCGGUGUACCUUGGAGAGGCGGAUUGGGGGAUGAGGGAUUUGGGAAGUCCCGAGGAGGUGCUCAAGUCGACGGAGGAGUGUGUUGCGGAGCGAGGCGGAGACGAGUUGGACGAGACCGAGGUGUUGAACCCUUACUACGACGUCGUGCCAGCCGAGAUUGUCGACUUGUACAUCAGCAACCUCGGCGGACACCCCUCGUCCCUCCUCUACCGACUGCUGAACGACAUGUACGGCUCGUCAUAG